AUGUUGAUAAGAUUAAUACCAGCGCUGCUAGCUGCGGCUACGACAGCAUAUGCCCUCAAGGAUGCUUCGCCCUUCUUUCUGCUGUCCACAGAAGCGUAAGACCUGUCCCCCCAUCGCGAAGCCACCGUACACUGAACUCGAAUGAUACAGCCUCCCAUCGGAUUCCCUUCAGUCAGCGCAGAUCUCUACUUCCUCCACAAUCGAACACGAUCUCAUAUCCGCCUUCUCCAAAUGCGAUUCAUCCCUCUACGUCUUCAUCGAGCAAGCCGGCGUGCGCGCAUCGGAUCUACAAGAUGCCACUGCGAUGCCGCAGAUGGCGAAGCGAGUGAACGAUAAGCAGUACAAGGGGGUCGUACAGAUCCCUGAAGUCAUUGGAGAGCUGGAUGCGGAUAGAUUAAAGGCGGAAUUGGGGGAGAAGUGUGAUGAACAGAAGGAGGGAAAUCGGACUGUGGUUUUGAGAAUGCGGUUCCCUACACUCGUGGACACAGAGAGUGCCGAGGGAAGGAGCAGCGUGUUGAAGGAGACUGGUGAGUGUUCCUAAAUAUCAACACUAGAGUGCGGAGAGAGGUGGGCUGAGACUGACGAUGUGAGCAGAUGCCUACCUGGACCAACAGUUCCCCGCCCUCCUUGCGAACUAUACAUCGCACGUCCUAAUUUGGACUUCCUCCUCCUCUGCUUCGUCGAAGCUGGAUGCCGAUGAAGAGCGACACUACGAAAUGGAUGAGCCGCCUUUCCAAGAGAGCCUGCACACUGACCUCAAGCGAGGACUGGAACAUGACUUGAAGAGAAGGCAAAGCGGAAAGGGACAGAGCGACUUGCCUUUGUUCGAGAAGUACCAAUUCUUGUCGCCCGGUAAGCACCCGCUCUCAUCCUUCUCAAGAACUAUGAACAGUAUGCUAAUAGAGUUGUGUGCGCGUUGUAGGUAUUUUCAUGGGCCUUUCCGUAUCUCUGCUCCUCUUCAUAAUCCUCUACGUCGGCGUCUCCGCCAUUGCGAACCUCGAAGUCUCGUAUAUGGCUUUCAGUAAGGAGAUGGGUCCGCAGGCGCAGAAGAAGCAGCAGUGA